GAUAGAAUGGUAAACAUUCAAGACGGAGAUAUCAAGUAGGAAUGUCCAGUUUCUGACUUUCUCAACCUUAUUCCACAUUCUAUAGUGCGUACAUUAUUUUAACUGCGUAACAUUUACUUUUAGUGCGUAUAUAAGUAUUCAGGCGACGUGAAGACACACUUCGAAACAAGCAGGAACAAACAAAAGCUGAAAUCUGUGACAUAACGUUACUGUUGAAAGAUGUCUUUUAUUAAGGAGGAGAGUGAAGGUUAUCCAGAAGCAAACAGAAUGAAACAUGAAGAUUCAAAGGAUAAAACAGAUCAAAAGGAACUCAGAGGGGAACGUCAAGACCUGAACGAAGUGGAGGAGAAGCAUCAGUAUCAGAAACCUCAUCAUUUCGCAAGUGGAGAAAAUGAUACGAGCUGCUCGGACACCGAACCGAAUUCCUCACAAACAUCAACAGAAGCCAACAAAUCUUUCGCUUGCCCUCAGUGUGGAAAGAGAUUAACUACUAAAGGAAACCUGAAGGCACACAUGAGAAUUCAUACCGGAGGAAAUCCUUUCAACUGCACUCAGUGUGAGAAGAGUUUCCCAUUUAUGGGAAGACUUCAAAUGCACAUUAGAAGCCACACUGGAGAAAAGCCGUUCACCUGCCCCGAGUGUGGAAACAGUUACCAAUGUAAAACAUACCUUAAUCGCCACAUGAGGAUUCACAACGCAGAGAACCCUUUCUCCUGUGCGCAGUGUGGAAAGAGUUUUUCUGCGAGACAAAACUUUAAACGCCACAUGAGAAUUCACACGGGAGAAAAGCCUUUCACCUGUUCUCAUUGUAGGAAGAGUUUCCCAUGUGAACAAUAUCUUAAACGGCACAUGAAAGUUCACACUGGAGAAAAGCCUUUCACCUGCUCCCUGUGUGGACAGUGUUUCACGGUGAACGGAAGCCUCAAGUAUCACAUGUCAAUCCACACCGGAGAGAAACCGUUCACAUGCCCUCAGUGUGGAAAGAGUUUCACACGUAGAGAAGCCUUCAAGACACACUUGAGAAUUCAUACUGGAGAAAAGCCGUUCAAAUGCCGUCACUGCGAAGAGAGUUUCACCCAUAAAGGAAGACUGCAGACGCACAUGAGAGUCCACACUGGGAAAAAGCCUUUCGCGUGCCUCCAGUGCGGGAAAGGGUUCACGCGUCGAGGAACGUUUACUGCGCACAUGAGAAUCCACACUGGAGAGAAGCCGUUCACAUGUGAACAGUGUGGAGAGAGUUUCACACGUAAAGGAAGACUCAAAACCCACAUUAAAAUCCACACUGGAGAAAGACCUUUCAGAAGAGUUUCACACAGGCAAGAGGACUACAAAAUCACAUGUGCGCUCACUCUGUCUUGAACUGUGAUCAGAGCGGCAUGAUUUUCACCUCAAACACACAGGGAGAUCCAUUAAAACGAGCCGAGCUCACGUUCACUUUGGGAAACCCACCAGAAAGCACAUAUUGGUGAACGUGCUGGGCUUUUUUAGUACCAGUGAUUUGGAAAGGCACCAGAGAAUCCAUACCGGAGAAAGAGCUUUCAAGUGCUCAUAUUGUGAAAAGUGUUUCACACAGUCAGGAAGCCUGACAACUCAUGAGAGGUUGCGUACCGGAGAGAAGCCAUUCCACUGCACAUCAUGUGGCUAGAGUUUCAAUCGGUUAUAUACUCUAAAGAUUCAUGAAAAAAUGC